AUGCGAAAGCUGCAGGAGGCGCAAAAUCAAGGUACUUCGCUUCACUGCAGCUCCCGUCUUCGUAGCAUCCACCUCGGACUGCCUGGACUGCCUUGGACUGACACACCUUGGUGCCAGUGCUCCGCUGGCCGACCCAAAUGCUCCGGUUGCAUGGAAAAGGGUCUCGGGUGCCGGUACGAUGCCGAUCCAUCCGAGUCACGCGUCACGUCGCUGAAGAGAAAAUACGACGAAAUGGCCCGCCGCAACGACUCAUUGGAAAGAUUCUACGCCGUCAUGCAAUCCAUGCCCGAGGGCCAAGCGUACCGGGUUCUCGAACGGAUUCGAUCUGGGGCGUCGGCCGACGAUACCGUUCGCGAGAUCGAAGCGGGAUGUCUGCUGGUGGAACUUGCUUCGCGAGGAGAUGAGACGGCACACGAGCAAGACCGUAGUACUGCUGAAUGA